AUUACAAACUGACGCAUAUUCGGCAGUAUAAUAGUUUGAAUUAAGCUGUGAAAAGGAGCAUAUGUAUAAACACGUGUUUAAUAGACGUGCUUAGUUUGGGACUACCUUGAAAGAUGGCGCCAAAGUAACAUUACAGUGCUGAAGACAAAUAUCAAAUAGACAUGGCGGCUUUUGAAUAUUACACCGAAUCAUUCAAACGGAACGAAAAUCGCAACUGGCUGAAGGCAUCGAUGGGAUUGAUCAUAACCAAACGUGGACUUGCACCUUUUGUAGAAAGAACUUUGGAAACGUUCAAAAACUGUCAGGUAUCGCCAGGACAAAACUGUUAUUCAUGUUUAACGGCAGAAAUUGUGCCCUGUGACCCUCGCAAUAAGGUUUGCAAUAAACGAAACUGCAAGUUCCAUCAAGGUGUUAUAUAUCGGCGGUGCCCGAACAAAGUGUGCAAUCGAUUUCAAAAAGUAAUUAUUAUUGAACAUAGAUUUGCUGAUCGGUACAACACCGUGGGUCCUUCUUGGCGAAACACAAACGCACGGGAUUGGUGUUCAAACGCGUGGGAGGUGGCGAAAGCAUUUAUGCCCCCAGACGGCUAUGACAAGAUCACCACAUCAGAAGAUACCGAUUUGAACGGCGUUGUCAGUGUUCUUAUCAACUGUCUCCUUUUUGAGCAAUACAUCUCUGACCUAGCGAACGAUGAAAACGUUGCAACCAAGGUUCGUGACAUUGGACGAAACGUACGCCAUGCAUCCAAACUUGAAGUCACGGACGAUGAUCUUAAACAAUGGUUUGAUGACAUGCGAGCUUUGUUUCAAAUACCACAACAUCUUGCUGCGAACUCCAAUGCUCAAAUUGCAGUAGACCAACUGAACAAGUUGGAGACCGACCAAUUGCAUAUUGAGAGGACGGACGUCCUAAGUGCUAUUAAAGAUGUAGUCACCUCAUUGGAACAUCUAAAAUGUUCCACAGAUGCUGACCAGAUUAGCAAGCUUCGGGAUAUUCAACAGGAAAUUGCAGCAAAGGUUGAAGUACACAAACGUGACAUUGGGGAUUUUGUGGAUGAGAAAAAGGCUGAGUUGACACAGCAUGUAUUGAAUGCCUCAUUACAAUUAAAAAAAACUUUCAGAUCGAGAAUACGCAGACUUAGAAAUUUCUUCCUCUGUAGUUUUUGUUUGAUAGUUUUAUACAUUUUAGUUCAUAAAAAAUUAUAAAAUAUACUUUUGCUGCUAUUUGCAUAUGUUUGUAAGCAAAACUCAGUCCGCUAAUGUAUCUGCGGAAACAUCCGUUAUCUAGAAUAGACCGUGAUCGAGAAUAUCUCAUGGUUUUUGUAAUCAAUAUGAAAACCUACUCGAAACUCAAGUUAAAAUAUAAAAUAUGUAUGAUUGUUUGCUUCAGUUAGAAAUAACAGCGUUACCUCGUAAUUCCUCUUCACUCUUCUAAGCAAUGCUAAUACGACCCCUAGUUUAUCCGGGAAACAUUGAACGUAUUGCCGAAAUAGAUAACGAAUUAAUCAUGAAUACUUAUCAAUCCGCUGUUCAAAGCGAGUCUUUUAAUUAUUUAAACCAAAAUAAACCGAGCAAAGAAAUUCACAAGCAUUAUUUGUAUUCUGCCGUCUUGGACGUGUUUACUGACAUUUUAUACCUCUUUUUAGGCUAUUUUAAGAAUUGGUUUGAUUUUCAGUGUAUUUACAAAGAUGCAUUGACGUUUCUUGCAUCGCUUGAUAAGACAUGUCAGGACAUAAGAGCCCUGAUUAACAUAAUAUUUUGAAGAUUGUUUAUCGAAAAUAAAGACCUUGUUUCGCAAUAUCUUGCAAAUAUGUUUAACUAUAUUUUUGACGGAGGGGUCUACUCCGAUUCAUGAUUUUAAGGUGUGAUUGUUUCAAUUCAGAAAAAUAAACAUAAAUUCCUCUAAUUACCGAGACAUAACACUUGAGAAUAUUAUUUCUAAAAUAGUCGCUUUAACAUUACGUAAUCGAAUAAAUAAUUGAUGUGAAAGAUAUAAUAAAAUAAAUGAUGCUCAGAUUGGAUUGAAUUUAGAGACAACUGUAGUACAGUAUUUUAUUCUACAUUCCAUUAUACAAAAUGUGUUGGCAAACAACAUGAAGCUUUACUGUGCUUGUGUUGAUUAUGAAAGGACGUUUGACACGGUCUUUCAUGAUGCGAUUUGAAACAAAUUAGUACAAUCUUGCAUUAGUAGUUAGUUGUCAAUUAUGUUAAAAUAUAUAUACCGAAACGUUACAUCAUGUGUGGAAGAUAUAGACAACAUGUCAUUUUCGUCUUUCCUUGAUUUAUCACUUGAUGUGAAACAAGGAGAACCACUUUC